AUGACAACUACAGUCGAGGAAGAGCGCUCCAGACAAGAUUUGAUAGCGCAUUACCUCCUACGGGAAAAACAGGCAAUUGAACGCAAGGCGAAGUUGGAGAAUCAACUCAGCCAAGUGAGAUAUGAAAGGGAGAAGGCGCAUGCGGCUCGCACGGAACUAGUGACCAAAUUGCGAGCCGAUCUACUGGACGUCAGGGAUUCUACUCAGCUGAAGUUGAGGCAACUUGGUGAGAAAUAUGGUGGACAAAUGCAAACGAUGGUGGAUGAGUGGGAGGCUCAGGAGGCUAGUCUCAAGAAGGAGCUGGACUCGACCAACAAAUCAUAUACGGCUCUGAGGAGUUCCAAUAGGGACCGAGAAGAAGCUCUGCGAAAGCAAAAGCAUCGACGAGAAACUGACCUCAAUAAGACGGCCAAGAACUACGAUUCUCGGAUGGAGGAGUUGGAUAAAGAACGUAGGAAGCUUAACGACGAGAUUUCUAAGGAGAAGGAGAAACUCCGCCAAUUGACGGACCACUUCCACUUCGUGAACGCUGAGAAUAGGCGUAUAGAGGAGGAGAAUCUCGUCGACGAGGCCAGAAGGAGUCGCCUUCGUGCUGAGGCUAAUCGACGAGACGAUGCAGCUUCAACGCUGCAGUCUUAUUGGCAAGGAGUAUUACAACGAGAAGAUUAUCAGAAAAUACGUAAGGCGAUGAGGAAGAAGAGCAAGAAAGGUGGCAAGAAGAAGAAAUAG